AUGCUCCCUUUCCUCUGCCUCCUCGCCGCCUCCGCCGCCGCGCUGCGGCACCACCACGCGGCCGCCGACGUGCCCCCGUCCAACAAGCUCAUCUUCAUCCUCGCCGGCCAGUCCAACAUGGCCGGCCGCGGCGGGGUGACCGGCACGCACUGGGACGGCGUGGUGCCGCCGGACUGCGCGCCCUCGGCCUCCGUCCUCCGCCUCUCCCCCUCGCUGCGCUGGGAGCAGGCCAGGGAGCCGCUGCACCAGGGCAUCGACGGCAACCGCACCUGCGGGGUCGGCCCCGGGAUGUCCUUCGCCAACGCCGUGCUCCGCUCCGGCGGCGCGCGCGGCGCCGCCGUCGCCCUCGUGCCCUGCGCCGUCGGCGGCACGCGGAUGGCCGAGUGGGGGAAAGGGUCGGAGCUGUACGCGGACAUGGUGCGGCGCGCCCGGGUCGCCGUGGAGACCGGGGGGCGGAUCGGGGCCGUGCUGUGGUACCAGGGCGAGAGCGACACCGUGCGCUGGGCCGACGCCAGCGAGUACGCGCGCCGGAUGGGCGCCCUCGUCCGCGACCUCCGCCAGGACCUCGCCAUGCCCCACCUCCUGCUCAUCCAGGUUGGGCUGGCAUCAGGGCUUGGGCAGUACACCGAAGUCGUAAGGGAAGCUCAGAAGGGCUUAAAACUUCGGAACGUGAGGUUUGUCGACGCGAUGGGGUUGCCGUUCCAAGACGGCCAUCUGCAUCUGAACACCCAGGCUCAGGUCCAGCUGGGACAUAUGCUGGCUCAGUCCUAUUUAACUUAUGGGCAUGCACAUCCUCUUCGAACACCCACACCAUGGUGGCUGCAACUUACUACCUUGGCUUGUUGCUUCAUUGUUCUUUGGAGGGAGCCAUACACAUCUGUGCUUAUAUAA